CCCAUUGGUUAGGAAGAGCGGAGCAAGGGGUAGAGCUUCCCCUGAAGGAACGCGAUAAGAAUGGAGCUCGUCGAGGCGCUGCUGGGGCUCCUGGUCCUGAUCCCUGGGCUUGCGGAGAGCACAACCGAGCCCCCGCGGGAUUCCAUGCGCGAGGAGCUGCUGCUGAGCCCCCUCCCUUCCGGCGAUGUGGCCGCUACCUUCCAGUUCCGGACGCGCUGGGACUCGGACCUGCAACGGGAAGGCGUUUCUCACUACCGCCUGUUCCCUAAAGCUCUGGGGCAGCUCAUUUCCAAAUAUUCGGUGCGUGAGUUGCACCUCUCCUUCACUCAGGGCUUCUGGCGAACGCGGAGCUGGGGACAGCCUUACUUGCAGGCUCCUGCUGGUGCUGAGCUCUGGGUCUGGUUCCAGGACUCUGUCAUUGAUGUUGACAAAGCUUGGAAAGAUCUCAGUAAUAUCCUCUCAGGGAUAUUUUGUGCCUCUCUGAACUUCAUUGAUUCCACCAACACUGUCAUUCCGACAGCAUCCUUCAAACCUCUGGGAUUGGCUAAUGUUACAGAUCAUCGUUUUUUACGAUACGCUGUCCUGCCCCGUGAAGUUGUGUGCACUGAGAAUCUCACACCCUGGAAGAAGCUGUUGCCAUGCAGCUCAAAGGCAGGCCUGGCUGUUCUGUUGAAAGCUGAACGCUUAUUCCACAGCAGUUAUCACUCCCAGGCUGUGCACAUCCGUCCUAUCUGCAGGGAUGCCUCUUGUCUGAGCAUGUCCUGGGAACUCAGACAAGUCCUCACUGUUGUCUUUGAUAGUUUUGUCAGUGGCCAUGGAAAGAAAGAUUGGUCCCUCUUUAAGAUUUUCUCUCGAACUCUUACUGAAGCGUGUCCUCUGGCAUCUCAAAGCAAGGUCUAUGUUGACAUCUCCAGUAAAGGCCAGGAGAAAGAAUUACUAGAAGUUUCCCCAGCUCCACUAUCUAUACAUGAAGCAUCUGUCCAAGGGGACAGGAGAACCUAUGCAGUCUAUGACCUCCGGGACCCAGCACUUUUUAAUGCAUCCCGCAGCCUCAAUGUGCAGCUGAAAUGGAAACGGCCUCAGGAUGGCUCGGAUCUAGCAGUUCCUGUGCUCCAUGCUCAGCGCUGUGUGAGUGGCUACGGCCUACAGAAAGGAGAAAUCAGUACCCUCAUCUAUAACACUCACCCAUACCGGGCUUUCCCUGUGCUACUGCUGGAGACGGUGCCCUGGUAUCUGCGACUCUACAUUCACACGCUGACCAUUAUCACUAAGGGAAAGGAAAACAAACCAAGUUACAUCCACUAUCAGCCAGCUCAGGACCGACAGCGGCCCCAUCUCCUGGAGAUGCUGAUCCAGCUGCCAGCCAAUUCUGUCACAAAGAUAACCAUCCAGUUUGAGCGAGCCUUACUGAAAUGGACAGAAUACACGCCUGACCCCAACCAUGGCUUUUAUGUGAGCCCAUCUGUCCUGAGUGCCCUGGUGCCAAGUGUCAUUGCGAUGAAAGAGGAAGAUGAAGAUCUAAGCCCACUCUUUGCUUCGCUGUUUCCUUCCUUGGAUGGCUCCAGCUACUUUGUGCGUCUCUACACAGAACCACUGCUGGUGAACCUGCCAACACCUGACUUCAGUAUGCCAUAUAACGUCAUCUGCCUGACCUGCACGGUGGUGGCAGUGUGCUAUGGCUCUUUUUAUAACCUGCUUACCAGAACCUUCCAUGUAGAGGAACCCAGCAGGGGAGGCCUAGCCAAGUGGCUGGCGAAUAUAAUCCGUAAAGUGAGGGGGGUCGCUCCUCUUUAAGAGCUGCUCGGUGCUUAGGAAUUCUGCAGCCAGGACUUGAAGGGAUGGAUCUGUGAGGGAACAGAUGAGCUGCUUUUGCUGCCUGUUCAAAGCACGAUUGUGAUUGCAUCCAUUUUGCUCUCUAGUUCCUUCUCAGCUGUGAGAGCCGCUGUUGUGUUCCUUGCUAGUGGAAGAUGUUGGGACUUGUGCACAAUCACGGAUCCUGAGAGUACAAGUGUAAAGCAAUUGGGAGAUAAAAUCGUGCCCCUCUCCCCUCUUAUGGGAAGGGGUAACUUAUAUUCUCUGGGAAGACACUGGAAACAAACCUGACCUGUUCCUGAACUUUUGUCUCCUUGGCCAUGUUAAGCUGGAUUCACUACACUUCAGUGGCCAACCUGUUUUUGUUUCCUUGGCAACCACUGUCAGUAUAUUGUUCAUUCUUAGCAGCCAUGUGGCUGAAUACAGAACCUGGGUGUGGGGAGACCAGAGGCAAAAAAGGCUUCACAAAAACAGUUUUAGUGGAAACAAAGGACUAGACAGCUACCAAAGAGAGAGAUUGAAUAGCAUUUAUGCUGAAGCAUAAUAUUAUAACAAUAGCAUAAUAAAAUUAUGUUGUUAUGCUCAAUAGCCACCUAAUUGUAGUAUGUUGCCUCAUUGCUUGGGACAAGGCUAUGAAAAGAAGAGGAUACCUGAGAAAUAAGAGGUGGCAGAUGCGAACAGGGAAGGGAAAUUGGUAGGUGGGCUGAUUGGAGUUUGAAGGAUGGUCAUGCUGGGCUGGGGACACUGAGUACUGGAAGAGAAACUAUAGCCUCAUUCAGACGUUAUAAAAUUGCCCCAGUAUAGCCAUAUAGCUGGGGUGAAGGGGGAGGAAGUCCUGCCCCCACCUCUAGAAAUCAGCAGAGGACAAGCUCACAUUUACAGCAGGGCUUGUCUGAAGAGGGAAGAGCCCGACACAUGAUGGAGGGUGCUUCUGUAAUUGUGCGGCUGGGUUGAUCCAGCUUCACAAUCACAGAAGUGUCUGCCAUCGUGUUUAGGGCCUUUCCUGCUUCAGACAAGCCCUGCUGUAAGCAUGAGUGGCAGGGAGAGGCAGUAAGUGACAUGGGAGGGGGUGGACUUCCUCUGCCUUCAUCCGGUUGUACACUCAAGUGGGGGUGAUUUUACAAUGUCUAAAUGAAGCUCGUCUUGAGAGUUGGAGCCAGUUAGGUUUACUAAGGCCAUAUUUGGGAGUUGGGGAAAGAAAAGUGUUUGUCUGCUAUGAAAGGAAAUGGGAAGGGGAAAAAAUAAAAUCCUACAUGAAAUGGUAACAGUUUGAAGAAAUAAAUGCUGUGUGAUGCUGA